AUGACAGUUUACAGAAAUUUGAACGCCUGUACGCCUGUUGUAGGAGACAGUGAAGAAAGUGAUGAAUCAAGAGAUACAGAAGAUAAUGGAACAGAUGAAGCAGAAAGAGAGAGAGAAGAUGAUGGAGGAAAUAAAGCAGGAGAAACAGAAGAUGGUGAUUCUUCACCUGCCAGUAGUCUUGCACCUGUACAGGGACGGGGGCCUGUUUCCUCCAAACAGCGUAGCUAUAUCUUCAGUGGUAAAGAGGAGCUUGUCAUUUUGCCUCAAGUAAAGUCGGUCACUGGAAAACAAGAGUCUAUUGAGGUGUAUAAAUCAUUCAUAACUGAUGCUCUUUUGAACACAAUAGUUACUCAGACAAAUACAUUUGCUCAACAAAAAAUAAAUGCAGCACCAGUGACUAGGAGGUCAAGGUUUAUUUUAUGGAAAUCCACUGCAAAAGAAAUGAAGAAAUUCAUUGGUGUAAUUAUAUAUAUGGGAAUUAUUGGUAUGCUAGAAAUUUCUUCCCACUGGAGCAAAAACAAGCUGUAUGCUGACUCUUAUGUUAGCAAUGCGAUCACCAGAGAGAGGUUUGAAAUUCUUCUUAAGUGUAUACAUUUCAAGGAUAAUAUAGAUAUUGAUAAUCUACUUGAUCCAUUAUUCAAAUUGAAACCUUUGGCCACUGCUAUUAGAGACCAAUGUCAAGCUGUUUACAAGCCAGGACCCAUGUUUGUGAUUGAUGAGAGUAUGAUUCCCUUCAGGGGGAGAGUUAAGGUUAAGCAGUAUCUUUCUGGGAAAGCACAUAAGUAUGGCUUUAGGCUAUACAGGAUAUGUACUCUUAGUAGCUAUACAUGGAAUUUCAAAAUUAAUUCAGGAUGUCAAAAAAAAUAUCAGGAACUAAAUGCCACCGAAAGCCUAACAGUUGAACUCUGUGAAGAAUUGUUAGACCAGGGUGGCACUCUUUAUGCUGAGAACUAUUAUUGUUUAGUGACCCUUGCAGAUGAUGUUAUAGUUACUAGUAGCAAGAAGAACAGAAGUAAAGAAGAUGUUUUCAAACCAGAAAGUGUAAUGGUAAACAGCAAGGCAAAGGAAGUUGUGGAUAUCUCUGACCAAUAUACAUCCUCCUACAGUCCUCUGAGAAAAAGUAAAAUAUAG